UAUAUUAAGAGAAGAAUAUAUAUAUAUAUAUAUAUAGUUGUUUGUAACACCCUUACACCAAUAUAUUCGUUUCCUUAUCUCCUAGAACUGAGACUCAGUUCUGGUCAGUUGGCCAAUAUCUCGGAAUCACUCUGAUGAAGUGACAAUAGAAAACAAACAAACAAAGAGGGAGAAGAAUCAUACACGUAAAAGAAGAGUUAAACCUCCUUCAGUUGAGUAGAGGAUUCUUGUACUCCUUGUUUUAUCAUAACAAGGGGGGAGGCAAAAAUGGAUGGGAAUAAUUUCAGCAGAAGCAUAAGCAGGAGCAUAAGCAGGUCAAGUUGGAAAAUGGAGGAAGUGUUUGCGAGUGGAAGGUAUUCUCGCAGGACUUCACAUGUGGAUGAGGAUGAGGAGGCUCUCAAAUGGGCUGCCAUAGAGAAACUUCCCACCUAUGAUAGGCUAAGAACAAGUAUCAUCCAAACCUUUGCCGAGGGCGAUCAAGCCGGUGUGCACAAGGAAAUCGAUGUUCGGAAGUUAGAUGUGAAUGAUAGGCAACAAAUCAUUGACAAGAUUUUCAAGGUUGCUGAAGAAGAUAAUGAAAAGUUCCUCAAGAAGUUCAGAAACAGAAUUGACAAGGUUGGAAUUCGACUUCCAACAGUAGAAGUGAGGUUCCAAAAUUUGACUGUUGAGGCAGAUUCCUAUGUCGGCAGCAGAGCUCUACCAACCCUACCAAAUGUUGCACUGAACCUUCUUGAAUCAGCUCUUGGCAUUUUUGGCAUUAGUACAGCUAAGAGAACAAAGCUCACAAUUCUUAAGAAUACCUCUGGCAUUGUUAAACCAUCAAGGAUGGCCCUUCUACUAGGACCCCCGUCUUCAGGGAAAACGACCCUUUUGUUGGCAUUGGCUGGAAAAUUGGACUCCGAAUUGAGGGUAAAAGGAGAAAUCACAUACAAUGGACAUAAACUUAAUGAGUUUGAGCCUAGAAAAACUUCAGCAUACAUUAGCCAAAAUGAUGUUCAUGUUGGAGAAAUGACUGUAAAAGAAACACUGGAUUUCUCAGCUAGAUGUCAAGGAGUUGGGACUCGAUAUGACCUAUUAACCGAGCUUGCUAGAAGGGAGAAGGAAGCCGGCAUAUUCCCAGAGGCAGAUGUUGACCUUUUCAUGAAGGCAACUGCUAUGGAAGGGACAGAAAGCAGUCUCAUUACCGACUACACACUCAAAAUAUUGGGGCUUGAUAUUUGUAAGGAUACCAUAGUGGGUGAUGAAAUGCACAGAGGGGUAUCCGGUGGCCAAAAGAAGCGUGUCACUACAGGAGAGAUGAUUGUAGGGCCCACAAAAACACUAUUCAUGGAUGAAAUAUCAACGGGUCUUGAUAGCUCAACAACAUAUCAGAUUGUGAAGUGCUUGCAGCAGAUUGUGCACCUUAAUGAAGGAACUAUCUUAAUGUCCCUUCUCCAACCUGCUCCUGAGACCUUCAAUCUCUUUGAUGACAUCAUCCUCAUAUCAGAGGGCCAGAUUGUGUAUCAAGGCCCUCGUGAGCACAUUGUGGAAUUCUUUGAAUCCUGUGGGUUCCGCUGUCCCGAAAGAAAGGGAACCGCUGAUUUCUUGCAAGAGGUUACCUCAAGGAAGGACCAAGAGCAGUAUUGGGCAGACAAAAACAUGCCAUACCGUUAUGUUACAGUGACUGAAUUUGCAAACAAGUUCAAGAGAUUCCAUGUUGGAAUAAGGCUUGAGAGCGAGUUGUCUGUGGCAUUUGACAAGUCAAGUGCACACAAAGCAGCUCUUGUAUAUAGUAAAAACUCUGUGCCAACAAUGGACCUUUUCAAAGCAUGUUGGGACAAGGAGUGGCUUCUGAUCAAGAGGAACUCCUUCGUCUACAUAUUCAAGACAGCCCAAAUAAUCUUCAUUGCCUUCAUAGCCGCGACACUGUUCUUGAGGACUGAAAUGCACCGGAAAAAUGAAGAUGAUGCUGCACUCUACAUUGGUGCAAUUUUGUUCACCAUGAUCAUGAACAUGUUCAAUGGUUUUGCUGAGCUAGCACUCACAAUUGGAAGGCUUCCCGUGUUUUACAAGCACAGAGACCACCUUUUCCACCCUGCUUGGACUUACACCCUCCCCAAUUUCUUGUUGCGUAUUCCCAUUUCUGUGUUUGAGUCUCUUGUUUGGGUUGGUGUCACCUACUACAUCAUAGGAUUUGCUCCUGAUGCCAGCAGGUUCUUCAAGCAAUUGUUGUUGGUGUUUCUGAUCCAACAAAUGGCAGCUGGGAUGUUUAGGGUCAUUUCUGGAGUGUGCAGGACAAUGAUUAUAGCUAACACUGGAGGAGCCCUCAUGCUCCUUCUUGUUUUCCUACUUGGAGGCUUCAUCCUUCCAAAACGUGAAAUUCCUGAUUGGUGGGUGUGGGCUUACUGGGUGUCACCAUUGACAUACGGCUUUAAUGCCUUGUCUGUGAAUGAAAUGUUAGCUCCAAGGUGGAUGCAUCCACAGACUUCUUCUGAUAAAAAUACCACAUUGGGUCUAUCAGUACUAAGGAACUUUGAUGUUUAUGCUAAAAAAGAUUGGUACUGGAUUGGAGCUGCUGCUCUUCUUGGUUUCACAGUUCUGUACAACGUUCUCUUCACCCUUGCGCUUAUGUACCUUAACCCUCUUGGAAAGAAACAAGCAAUUAUUUCUGAGGAAGAUGCAAGUGAAAUGGAGUCUGGAGGAGACACCAAUGAAGAACCCAGACUUGUAAGGCCCCCAUCAAACAGAGAAUCAAUGCUUCGAUCAUUAUCUACUGCUGAUGGAAACAAUUCAAGAGAAGUGGCAAUGCAGCGAAUGGGUAGCCAAGCUACCAGUGGAUUAAGAAAAGUUGAGUCGGCAAACGAUUCAGCUACUGGAGUUGCCCCCAAAAAAGGAAUGAUUUUACCUUUCCAACCACUUGCAAUGUCCUUUGACACUGUUAAUUACUACGUCGACAUGCCUGCAGAAAUGAGAGAUCAAGGAGUGACAGAAGAUAGGCUACAACUGCUUAGGGGAGUAACUAGCUCCUUUAGGCCUGGAGUCCUAACUGCACUAAUGGGAGUUAGUGGCGCUGGGAAGACAACUUUAAUGGAUGUUUUAGCAGGAAGAAAGACGGGUGGCUACAUUGAAGGAGAUAUUAGAAUCUCGGGGUUCCCUAAGAACCAAGAAACCUUUGCAAGAGUCUCUGGUUACUGUGAACAAACUGAUAUUCAUUCACCCCAAGUUACUAUUAGAGAAUCUUUGCUUUACUCAGCCUUCCUCCGGUUACCAAAAGAAGUUAGCAAGGAGGAAAAAAUACAAUUUGUGGACCAAGUGAUGGAUUUGGUAGAGUUAGAUAAUCUCAAGGAUGCUAUAGUGGGGCUUCCAGGAGUUACUGGGUUGUCAACCGAACAACGAAAGAGGCUGACCAUCGCUGUUGAGCUUGUUGCUAAUCCUUCAAUUAUUUUCAUGGAUGAACCCACUUCUGGUCUUGAUGCAAGAGCAGCAGCUAUUGUUAUGAGGACUGUGAGAAACACUGUGGACACUGGAAGAACAGUUGUCUGCACAAUUCACCAGCCUAGCAUUGAUAUCUUUGAAGCCUUUGAUGAGCUUUUGUUGAUGAAAAGAGGAGGACAAGUGAUCUACUCAGGACCAUUAGGCCGAAAUUCCCACAAGAUUACGGAAUACUUUGAGGCAAUUCCAGGGGUCCCAAAAAUUAAAGAGAUGUACAACCCAGCAACAUGGAUGCUAGAAGUGAGUUCUGUAGCAGCUGAAGUUCGUCUUGGAAUGGACUUUGCUGAAUACUACAAAACAUCAUCUUUAUUCCAGCGAAACAAAGCUCUUGUAAAGGAGUUAAGCACACCCCCGCCUGGAGCUACUGAUUUGUAUUUCCCCACCAAGUAUUCUCAAUCCACAUUGGGGCAAUUUAAAUCCUGUUUUUGGAAGCAGUGGCUGACAUACUGGAGGAGUCCAGAUUAUAAUCUCGUCAGAUAUUUUUUCACCUUGGCUUGUGCCCUCAUGAUAGGGACAGUAUUUUGGAGAAUUGGCAAAAACAGGGAGAGCUCAGCUGAUCUGACAAUGAUUAUAGGAGCAAUGUAUGCUGCUGUUAUUUUUGUUGGGAUUAACAAUUGUCAAACUGUUCAACCAAUUGUAGCCGUUGAAAGAACAGUGUUCUAUCGAGAAAGAGCUGCUGGAAUGUAUGCUCCUUUGCCUUAUGCCUUAGCACAGGUCUUUUGCGAAAUACCAUAUGUGUUUUUCCAAACUGUUUAUUACUCACUCAUAGUGUAUGCAAUGGUGAGCUUUGAAUGGAAAGUGGAGAAGUUCUUUUGGUUCUUCUUUGUCAGCUUCUUCUCUUUCUUGUACUUCACAUAUUAUGGAAUGAUGACUGUGUCCAUCACACCAAACCACCAAGUGGCAUCAAUCUUUGCAGCAGCAUUCUAUGGACUCUUUAAUCUCUUCUCUGGUUUCUUUAUCCCAAGACCGAAAAUUCCUAAAUGGUGGGUGUGGUAUUACUGGAUUUGUCCAGUGGCAUGGACAGUGUAUGGAUUAAUUGUCUCUCAAUAUAGAGAUAUAGAGGACCCACUUUUUGUGCCUGGGAGUACUACUCAAAAUUUCACUGUCAAAGGAUAUAUUGAAGACCACUACGGGUUCAAAUCCGACUUCAUGGGUCCAGUUGCUGCAGUUUUGGUAGCUUUCACUGUCUUUUUUGCCUUUGUAUUUUCCUUCUGCAUCAAGGCACUGAACUUCCAAACAAGAUAAAAGAACUUCAUCAAUGUUGGAAGUACAAGUUAUGCUACGGCAUGUUGUAACGGUCUAAAUGACCUGUGAAUGUAAAUAACUGAGGCUGGAGUUAAUGCUCAAGAUUUAUUAUGCAACAUUAUAAGCUUAAUAGAUGACCACGAUAGUUUUGCUAGCAGAGGGUUCUUAAGCAAGUGUAAAUCUAUAUCAAUUGUACUGUUAUUAGUUUGAUUUGCUACCUAGAAGAAGUUAGAUGUUUCUUAUGGUCAAUUCUUGCAACAACAUUGUUUGUUAUAAAUAGCAGCUUAUUCUUUUACAUUAACUUUC